CUCUGUUCUGGACUUCCACAACCAUUAGAGGCCAUUAACAUUCUCUCUCUCUCUCUCUCUCCCUGUGUUGGGUCUCUGAUUCUGUCUGUUCAUGUCCCUGGCAAGCGAAGCUUCGUCGGUGCAAGAACGACAGACUAAGCAAAUGGCGGGUUCGGCGGCCGUGACGGGUCUGAAAGCUGUCUUCCUGGUGUUGGGUUGCUUCAUGGUGGCCACUCUCGUCUACACCAUUGCCGUCGAUGGCCUCCCCUUCCGCUCUGACCUCCUCACUCCGUGGAUGGCAGCAACCUUGGUUGACUACUAUAUCAACGUUGUUCCGCUCGCAGCUUGGGUUUGGUACAAGGAAUCAAACUUUUUUAGUGCUUUACUUUGGACAGUGCUUCUUAUCUGCCUGGGCAGUGUCACAAUGUGCUUCUACAUUCUUUUGCAAUUUCUCAAGCUCUCACCUCAAGAAUCUUCACAAGAUCCCAUCUACCAUGUUCUGUUGCGGUAUUCUAGCAAGGAUGGCGUGGAACAGAAUAAACAGCAUUUUCCUGUUAUAACUGCUAGAAUCACUUUCAUUGUUUUGGGUUGUUUGAUGCUGGUGACUCUUGUCUACACUAUCUUCACUGAUGGUAGUCCUUUCCGGAAAGAACUUUUAGUACCGUGGAUGACAGCGAUGCUGAUUGACUUCUACAUCAACGUUGUUGCUCUUUCUGUUUGGGUUGCUUAUAAGGAAUCAAGUUGGCUUAGUGCAUUUGUGUGGAUCCUUCUCUUGAUAUGCUUUGGCAGUAUUAGUACAUGUGCCUACAUAGUACGAGGACUCUUCCAGCUUUCCUCCCAGGAUCCGCUGUACCUCAUCCUGUUUAACAACGGUAAUAGGUGAUUCCAUUGGUAACGCUAGGGCAGAAAACAGGUAUGAGAGAACUUCAGCAUGAAAAGGUGCAAGAAUGAGUGACGAGUGAAGUACUUGUGGAAUUCAUGUUGAAGACAGUUGGCCACGGGCAGAGCCAAAAGCUUCCAUUUCUUACUGAAAAGUUUUUAUGCUGUAUCAUUCUACAGCAUUCGCGUAGUGAUGAUUCAUUUUAAAAACACCAAUGGUGUAAAUAUUCUUUUACAAAAGCAUCUUUGAACGGAAACGUCUACUACUAAUGGAUUGAAUGUGGUUGCCAACAAAUAACGAGUGUUUGUCAUUGCUUAAA